CCUGGCAAACUGGAUUUUUUUCAUGGAAACGCAAAUGUUUGUGCUUUAUGUGCGCGUCAUAGAUCCAGUAUUACUGAACAACUUCAACCAAAGUAUGCAUUGUUGAAUAUUCUUCCUCUGAAUAUUCCUGCAUUCAUCAGAUGAGGCUGCAAAGAGCCUAAAUGAUGCCUGGCAUAAUAAUGGAAAAGACCAUCAUCAGAGACCACCAUGGCCCAAGAGUUCCAGAUACCCCUGAUGGACCGGUGUCUCUUGAUCCUUUAGCAAGGGCUGAAACCAAACAUGGUAUCAAAUAUAAAGAGUUUGCUUGCGGCUGGGGUGCAGCUGUGAUCAACAUAGGCAUAACGUUUCCGCUAAAUAAGGCCAUGUUCCGACAGCAGUUACACGGUUUUCCCCUGAAAGACGCUGUGAGACAACUACGGAAGGAGGGCAUGAGAAAUUUGUACCGCGGUAUCCUUCCGCCGUUGUUACAAAAGACAACGUGUCUGUCCAUCAUGUUCGGGAUGUACGAACAGUAUCGUCAGAUUCUGCAAAGCAAUGCUCCAAAUUUACCAGUGAUGAUGAACCAGAUAAUUUCAGCGAACUUGGCAGGGUGUACUGAAGCAUUACUCACGCCUUUCGAGCGCGUCCAGACAUUACUACAAGACCGCAAGCAUCAGAAACGUUUCAAGAACACCGCACACGCCUUUCGUGACUUGUCCGAUUUCGGAUUCAGGGAGUACUACCGCGGGGUCAUCCCGAUUCUACUCCGUAAUGGACCAAGUAAUGCUCUUUUCUUCACACUGCGGGGCCCGAUGAAAGAAAUGCUUCCAACUGUUACCACAACUGGCGGGCAUCUGUUGUCUGACUUCAUUGGUGGUGCUAUAUUAGGCGCGGUAAUAAGUACAAUAUUCUUCCCAGUAAACGUGAUCAAGACGCGCAUGCAAAGUCAGGUAGGCGCAGAAGGCAUGACUACAAAACAAACAUUCAAACUCAUUUGGCGUGAGCGCGGGAAAAACUGGACUAAGAUGUUCUACGGGGUGCAUAUAAAUUACUCCAGGUCGUUGAUUUCGUGGGGGGUCAUUAAUGCUUCUUAUGAACUACUGAAGCGACUCUUAGAUUGGUGAUAAUUGGGAUUUUAGCUGAAUGUAGUUUUACCCUUUCACGGCCACCUGAAGAAGGCCAUCAUACAAUUAUUGUAGUUGUGUACUAAUAGCAGCGUUUUGUAGUUUGAAUGUGUGUACAUUAAAGGCCUACACCGUUGGUAAGAUAUUUGAAAUUUGUAAUUUAAUUUGAAAAUUCCAAAUUGUGUUAAUACGUACUGCAAUUUCGACAAUGCCGUUGUAUAGACACAUAACAAAUACUGUUUCAACAAAUUCGUAUGCGUAACAACACUACGGCAUAACUGCAUUCUAUUUUCCUGGACCACCGGUCUCAACGGCGUACCCCUUCGAUAUCACUGAUAAUAUGUGACUCGCUCUACCAAAACUAGGCGCUUGUUGCAUCUGAACUCGACAGGUUGAUACGGACUUGUUGUUCAUUUCCCUAUUGUAGACCUUUUGUGAAAUCUAUUACAAACUGAUUUGGUCACAUUUCACAAAAGGUCUACAAUAGGGAAAUGAACAACAAGUCCGUAUCAACCUGUCAAGUUCAGAUGCGACAAGCGCCUAGUUUUGGUUGAGCGGGUCACAUAUGUGCUGCUCAUAAAAAAUAAUAUGGUUGUGAGGGUAGUGAGGGAUACUUAAGAUUUGCUCAGUAGGCUAGUAAUUGGAUUGAUAUGAUGGAUUAGCUAAACUUGUGCUCUAAACUGUGAAACAUCUGCGGGCGUUUCAUUUUUGCAGAUUUGGCGAAUAACCUAGGUGAUUGAAUAUAAUGGUACUGUAAACGAGAAAAUCUUUGCACAAAAGCAAAUGGCCGUCAAUCUUUCUGGGUUAUCAUUAAAAUGGUUUUGGUGUGGUAUGCAUGCAGCUGAUAAAUGAAUGGAGCUAUGCGUACCAAUUGGAACUUUUAGUACUUAUAAAACAAUAUGCACAUGUUUGAGCUGAAAAACUGGAGUCAAAUUAAGUUACAUGCUUUGUUAUCAAGAUGUGGCUGAUUUAAGAUGCGGGGAUGAUUUGUAAGUUCGUUACCUUUAGUUUUUAUUUGGAACAGUGAUAAAGUAGGCCUAAUUUAUGAUGAGCAAACUCAGUCAACAUCGCUUCGCACCUGGUUAGACUCCAGUAUAGCCAGUGAACUCCAUCUUGGGUUUGGUUUAUUCCUGAGUUCCUGUAUCCUAGUCUGGUUGCCAUUUGGCUGACAAGCCAGACUACCCGUUUUGAUUUCUGGGUUGAAAACCUGCUACAAGGAGGCCUGUUUCCCCCAGUGAUAUUGACCAAAGUGUAGUGUGGGUUUUUCUGCUUAUUGAUAUAAGUUGUGAACAAUGUUUCCAACUGUCUUUUUCAAUAUUUACUGCAUGCAGACAAGACAAAACAUAUCAAAGAACUCUCUUAAGUGCCUUCCUUGUGUUUUAACCCACUCGGAUCCUGGUCUGGCGUGCCAAGUCCUUACUUGACAACACCUUCAGUUCCUCAUCCUGACUCUCAUGUGUUUGCGUCACCACCACCGAGAUCCACAAAGUGAUUUGGGUGAGUGAUUUAGCGACCUCAAAAACAUUGAGGGUCAAGAUGUCAGUUACUAUACAUGUAUUAUUCUGUCCGUUUGAUAGCCAAUCUAUAGUUGUGUGAUGUAUUUUAUGACAAACUAAUCUUAAAACUGAA